AUGUCUUUCUCGAAUAACAAAAAAGAGUUAACUAAUUUAACUCGAAUUGCAAAAGAUCGAAAUAUUCAAAAAUAUGAUUAUAAAAAAUUUAAAGAUAUCAAAUCAAUUGCAGUUGGAGGAUUUGGGAUUGUCAGUUGUGCCUAUUCGAAAGUUUUAGAAAAACACGUUGCAUUAAAAUGUUUGUUUGAUGAAAAUAAUAUUGAUUUUUAUAAAGCAUUUAUGAAUGAGUUACAAAAUAUUAAUGCAGUAAAUCACCACAAAAAUAUCAUUAAAUUUUAUGGAGUCAGUAUAGAUGAGUCAGCCGAGAAAUGCUACCUAGUGUUACAAUAUGCUGAAGAUGGUAAUUUACGAACUUACUUAAAAAAUAACUUUGUAAAUCUUGAUUGGAAAACUAAAAUUAGAAUGGCUCAAGACAUAACAAAUGGUUUAUGUUAUAUGCAUGAAUCAAAUAUUGUUCAUCGAGAUUUACAUUCGAAGAAUGUUUUAGUUCAUGAGGGAAGAUUAUUGAUUACAGAUUUGGGCUUAUCUAAAAGAUUAGAUGCCAAUUCUAAUUCCUUUGCAGGAGGAACGUGUGCGUACUCGGAUCCUGAAUAUUUACGAAAUCUGAAAACAUACAAACGAAAUAAAGCCUCUGAUAUUUAUAGUUUGGGGGUUCUUUUAUGGGAGCUAUCAAGCGGAAAACCUCCAUUUAACGCAUUAAUGGAUUUCGAUAUAUAUUUUAAGAUUCUAUCUGGUAAAAGAGAAACUUCCAUUAAAGGAACACCAGAUGAUUAUAUCAAAAUCUAUUCAAAUGCAUGGGAAGACAAUCCAGAGAAAAGACCAACUAUAGAAAAUAUUCGUGAUUCUCUUGAAAAUGUUCAAAAACAACUAAUGUCAACUAGCUUAGAAAAUUUAGAAAAUUUAGAAAUCGCAGGAAAUCCUGGAGAAUCAUCAACUCUUUUACUUAAUUCUUACGAUCAAGAAUGGCUCAAUAAUGAACUUAAAAAAUAUGGAUAUAAUGUUUUCGAAAAUCUUGAAGAAAUUGGUGAAAGCAUUUACAAUGCUACACUAAUGAAUGGUGAAAAAAAAGUGAAUUUAAAAUCUAUCGUUAUUGAUUCUAUGGAAUUAUUUGUUAAUGAGGGAAAUAGAGAAGAUCCAAUUCACGGAACACCGCAAAAUUAUGUUACGAUCUAUCAAGACUGUUGGAAUCAAGACCCAGAUCAACGUCCAAAUAUUGAGAAAGUUAUACAAGAUCUUGAACAUGUAGGAAUUAUUGCUGAAUCAGUAGAGUGA